AUGUUGGACCACAACGACAGCCGCAAUUACUCUCCUCAGACCUACGAACCCGUUGUUCCGGAGGAUCUCACCCGUUCCUCCUAUCACAGUGCAAUGGGUCCCCCACCACAGCACACCGUGCAGGAGCGCAGCUCAUCGGAGACAAGCAAUGCGUCAUUAAAGAGCCCACGUACCGCCAGAUUCGCCGAAGCUACAUCAAUUCACUCACCGAUUGAACAAGCUCAACGAUCACCUUUCGCUGACCCUCCCAAGUCUCAAUCCAAAGGAGAUGUUGGCGAUGUUGGCUUCGGCUAUGUGGGGGCGAACAGCCACCAUGCAGACGAUCAGGUCCCGAUGUCACCCUUCAGACCGGACCUGAAGGUGCCCCAGACGGCGAAGUCGUUGAACCCGCUCAGCCCGACAUUCCGUGAGGAAUAUAUGCUCGAGAAGCAAGAGAAAAAAGCAGAAGUCGAAAACGCUCGAGACAUUAGAAUCAAACUUCGUGUCCGUAUCGCCAAGGUCUUCCUGCGCUUUGUCAACUUUGGCUGCAGUCUGAUUGUUCUCUCUCUUCUGGCUGUCACAUUGACCGUCUUCAAUGCAACCAAAAACCUGCCUACUCGCAACAGCCUUCCCGCCUGGGCGGAGGGAACCAACCCAUGGGCCCAGUACCUCCUUCUAUCUAUGGCCUGUGUCUCCCUCGCGGCCUGCCUACUUGUCUUCUGGGCCUACCGAAAGGGUGGCCACAGACGUGCCGAAAAAGCCGCAGUCUACUACACCGGGUUCUCCAUUGCCUUCUUUGCCUUCAAUCUCAUUAUGUGGAUUGUCGGCGCAGCAGUCUACCAACACUCAAAAUCCAGCGGGAACAACAAAGACAUGUGGGGAUGGUCUUGCGCCCAGAACACUCGCGAGCAAAUCUACCACAACAGCGUUGACUACGCCCUCCUCUGUCGCCUCCAAGACUGGGGGCUCGUCUGCGCCAUCAUUGAAGUCGUCAUUGAAGUCCUCGUCAUCGCAAUCUACGUCGUAGUCUUCUACCGCGUGUGGAGCAAGCGCAAGCUCAUGAAAUCAAUGGACACUCGCGACAACGCUCGCUCAGACCUCUACCUUGCUCAGCUGCGUCUUCAGUCUGCCCCCAACACCCCAGGCUUCGCAGGCUUCAGCUCCUACCCACCCAAGUCCCCCUUCCACGCCACCACUUCGGUAGACCCCUACUCAGCCGCCGAGAAGGGCCAGUCUGUCCCAACGCAGUAUGCGUCACCGCGUUCUCCUACCCGUCCUACCCCAUCGUUCCAGCUCCAACCUCCACCCAUCAAAGUUCAACAGCCAACUCCGAAGUCUGCACAGGAGGAGUUCACACCUUACUCGCAUUCUCCAUCACCGCCACCUCCUACUCAGCGCGUGAGUCCGCCUGUACACGCCAUCAGUCCUCCUGGUGAGCAAACUUACGAUGCUGUGCCAAUUCCCGGUGCUUACGGGAGCCCCAUGGGGCCUACCUUCCCAGCUCCUGUACACCGGUGA